GGAGUUGUGUGCUGGGCGGAGACGCUGUUGGUUGAGUGCGCUGGUGAAUUCUCCGCUGCCGGUACACCGGUCACUAUGCACUCCGCACUGGCCGUGGGCCUGGUAUUUGCCGGCUGCUGCAGCAAUGUGGUAUUUUUAGAACUUUUAUCCAGGUGAGAGAAAUAGAGGGUGACAUUCAUUUACUGGACACCAGGCUGUCUGAUAUGUCAUUCACUCAGUCAAUGUGUCAUUCAUUCACCCAGUGACUAUGCCAGUCAUUCACCCAAUGACUGUGCCAUUCAUUCACCCAGUGACUGUGCCAGUCAUUCACCCAGUGACUGUGCCAUUCAUUCACCCAGUGACUGUGCCAGUCAUUCACCCAGUGACUGUGCCAGUCAUUCACCCAGUGACUGUGCCAGUCAUUCACCCAGUGACUGUGCCAGUCAUUCACCCAGUGACUGUGCCAUUCAUUCACCCAGUGACUGUGCCAUUCAUUCACCCAGUGACUGUGCCAGUCAUUCACCCAGUGACUGUGCCAGUCAUUCACCCAGUGACUGUGCCAGUCAUUCUGCCAGCUAUUAUUUUAUUUGAUCAGUCUGCCAAUUAUUCAUUAUGUCUGGCAUACAUUCACUCAUCCAGUCAGUUUAUCUGCUAUUCAUUUAUUUAGUCUGUCUUCCAUUCAUUCAGCCAGUCUCAUUCAACCUAUGUGUAUUCAUUUGGCAUAGUUUCUGUUCUAGCAGGGGUUUUCUCUCCGACAGCCCAUCAAGGGAGCUCUUUUGCAUUAGUCACACUUUUAUUGUGAGAUAAUGGGUUAUCUACGCUGCAUUAGGAGACUUAUUCGGUAAACCUGUAGAAACACCCAUGAAUUAAUUUCAAAGCAUCAAGUGUAAAAAAAAUAGGUGUGUCUUUCUGGUGAUGAUUAAUCAUAAAGGAGUUUAUGUACAAAAGUGUUGUAAUCAGUUUUGGAAUUUUUUUCUUUGCACAUGCACUACAUAUAAAACUCAACCACUGACUUUUUUUAGUCCGUCACUGUGCCAGUCAUUCAGCCAGCCACUGAGCCAGUCAGUCACUGUCACUCAUUGAUUCAGUUUGCUUGCCAUUUAUCAGUCACUGUGUCAGUCGUGCAGUCCGUCUGUUUGCCAUUCAGUCAUUCGAUUUCUGUGUCAGGCAUUCGUUUGGUCUCUGUGUCAGUCAGUCUACCAGAUAUUUAGUCACUGUGUCAGUCACUCAGUCUGUUUGCCACUCAUUCAGCCACUGUGUCACUCAUUUAGUCAGUAUGUCACUGUGUUAGUCAUUCACUCACUCUCCGUCAUUCACUCAGUCUGACUAACAUACUCGUUCAGUAACUUUGUCAGUCAGUCCCUGUCAUUCAUUCCAUGAUUGUCAGUCAUUCAUUCAGUCCCUGUGUUAGUUAUUCAUGAAACACUGCACAUCCAGAUGACCAAUUUCCACAUGUGUUGUCAAUUCUGUGCAUAAAAUCCAUCUGUUGUCGGCGCACACUGCUUCGCCCUUGCAGGUAGAACUCUAAUUUCCCAAUCCCAUCCACAAUUUUUUUUUUUUUGUGGAAAGUCUCUUCCUCCUCAGAGAGAGCCUAUGCUCCCUGAGUUGGUAAAAUAGUCCAAUUAAAGUCUUCUCUAUGCAAAGCCUUUGGGCACUAAUGCGGCUCCGUAUCGUCAAAACAGGGGGGGCGUCAGGGAUAUUAUUCUAUCCUCAGUGAAAAAGGUUUGAAGAAACCUUUUAACAGAACAAAUGUUACUAGAAUUUAUUUAAAUGUAACUUUCUCUUUUUAUAACAUUAAGUUCUAGUUAGUAUAACUGUUGAAAUUGAAUUUGUGCUUUAGGUAUUAGGCCUAUAAACCUAAUGGUAAAUAUCUCAAGAUAGCUCUAUGUUAAAACUACUCUGACAAGUUUCUCAAUUGAGCUUGGUUUCUAUUAGCUUAGUUGGCAACAGGGUAUAUGUCAAGCAGAUCGUUUGUUCAAACUAACAGUUCAUUCAUCCUUGACCAGUUUGACAGUUGUGAUUCAAGAACAUUGGAGACACACACUGGCUAAUUGUACCCGAGAAACCAUUAAUGCCAUGGUUUCCUUUUUCACAUAAAUCUGAAAGCUAAAUCCCUGUAUUAUGUGAACAUUAUUAUUGUUUUGAGUUACCAUAAUCUAGAAAUUAGUGUAUUACAAAUAUUCUAAAAGCAGAUUAAUUUGCAUACAAAGCUCCUGAUUUCAAACUAUUUUAGUGUGAUAUGUGUAUAUAUAAAAAAUACUUAUUUUUAUCACAAUCUACUGAAGGUUGAAAGGUUAUACAGAUUUUAAUUUGAUUUAAAGAAACACAUCAAACACUGCAACCUACUGUGUAGUGGCUAUGGUGUGUUUGAAAUGUCUCAUUAAUAUUACAAUCUUCUUCUAUGACAUUUGUGUACUUCUACAGGAAAUUUCCAGGAUGUGGAAACAUUGUGACGUUUGCCCAGUUCCUGUUCAUAGCUGUAGAAGGUUUCAUCUUCCAUGCAGACUUCGGCAGGAGAAAGCGAGCUGUCCCAAUAAGGUACUGGAGGUCGUGACAUCAACAAUUUGAAUUCCAAAUCAAUCAUAGUAUAUCAGCAUAUUCAAAGCUAGCACUACUUUGUCUUGUGGACAAGACAAAAUGUGGCAAUAAAUGGAGUUUCCCGUGCCAUUUCCCAUCUGCAGGUAAUUGCUGAUGUGAACCAGCGUCUCUAUUUUACAACGUCUAAUAGAUGCCUAAGGCAUCUCAUUGUAUCUGCACAUGGUCACUUGUAAAAGAUUACGGGGUUUCCUGGCAUGCGAAAACCAGGGACCAAGAAUAAAGAUAGUGGAGCACUGUAGAGAGAAAUUAAGGUAACUAUAUCUACCAUCCCUCACCUGCACAGGUUAGCAUGAAAUGAAAGAGGACAAAGCGCAGACUGACAGCUUUAAAUUGAGGAUGUUUUUGUAUCUAUGAACUAUGAACAAUGUGAGCAUUACAGAACUCUGUGUCCUGCUCAGCUCUUUUUGUGUCUAGAUAAGUUUUAUAACUUCACAAUUAGCUAUUGUGUAAGCAAGCUUACAGAAAGUAUAGGGUUUAGGUGGGGCAUUGUUAAAGCAGUGCAUGAGGGCACACGCCCUUGCACAGCAUUCAUCUGAGGCAUCCGUAGGGUGACACAAUGACCCAAAACUCAGAAGCGCAAUGGAGAAAAGUGAUAUAUUUUUUUUUUCCUUGUCUUCUGUAAAAGCUGCAAUAGAUUUUACUGGAAUGACACAACAUGGAGCUGUCAUAUUCCAGAGUUCUACUUUAAGGAGCUACAAUAAACAGAGCUUUGUAACAGAAACAACUCGAAAGACAACUGUAGCAGGUGAGCAAAUAAUGAUUUCAGUUGUAAUAAACAAACAAACAGAUGCCUAAUAGAACAAUGUCUAAUACUCCAAAAGCUAUGAGUACCAGAAAAACCAGUCUCUACAAACACACGUGAAAACAAAUAAUUUUAUAGGUUUGUCAAUUUUAUUGGACUCAAAUAGUCAGUGAUACAAGAACUAAACAAUUAAAAACCCAAAGUAGUCUGGGCUGCUCUAUCCUUUUUAAGAACAUAGCUACAAUUACUCAAAUAUGAAGUGAGGUAUAUAGUAUAGGCAAAAUAAAAUAGUCAGACAUGCAAGCUGUGUGUGUCUGUGUAUGCCUAACCCAUUGAUGGAUCCCCCUAUGUAAACUGAUAUGUUGUCAGGAAACAUCAUAAAUACAACAGAAACAGAAAAGUCUCAAGUAGCAACAAGUAAUGUAACAAAAAUAGUUGUUACAAUGUGACCGUCUGCCUCCCUGCUUAAAUCUAAUUCAGAUUGCAAUAUGAGUAAAGUGUUCUCACAGAAUCCAAUAAUGUUACUACGUGACCCAAGUUCACAUAUACAGUGGUACCUCGGUUUACGGAUUUAAUGCUUUCUCCGGGACGUUUUGUAUUGCGAAACGUGGUUUCCCAUAGGAAUGCAUUGAAAAACAAUUGAUCUGUUCCGGAGGUCAGAAAAAAGUAAAAAUGAGCUGGCUUGGAAACCAACCCACAAUGCAGAACACACAGUAAAAGGCGUGCAAGCGACAAAGCUCAGCUCCCUACCUCUCCACCGCUUGAGAAAUGCACCCAAAACGUCCCAAAACCUUUGAAAAAAAAAUGUCCACAGUGGCCCCAAAACUCAAUGUAAAAACCGCUCCAACACCUCCACACUCGACGCCACGUGCUACCCACAGACUCCAGCAUGCACGGCGGUGGCGCUAUAAACCUCCCAGGUGCAAUUCAUCCUGGGGAAACCGAGGCAUUAUUUUCAAUGGAUUUUCAUUUGUAAACCGAAAAUGGUUAACCGAGGCGUUUGUAAACCGAGGUACCACUGUAUUUGUAAACGGAUACAAGGUGUAGGUGCUCGCUAUGUACUUAAGCAAUGGAUAGAGGCUGCAGAUUAUCACCCAAGUUAUCCCCAACCUUGUGGAAAUACAAAAUAGACAAAAACAAAAAAAUCGUAUAACCCACGUAUAAAACCUAUAUAUUUUUAGGUGGAAUCACCCAUAAAAAGGUGUGUGUGUGUGUAUUUGUGUGUGUAUAUAUACAUAUACCCUGUUCCAAAUUAUUAUGCAAAUUAUAUUUUUCUCAUUUACCAAAAUAAUUGAUGUAAAUAACAGUCAGCAUAAUUCUCAUGUUCUCAACUAUCAAGAGUACAAUUCAAAUUUUAUUGAACAAACCUAAUGAUAACACUUUUUUUUUUUUUUAAAAACAUAAACUUACAAUGCACAGUAAGUUUCAAAACACUUUAUAGGUUGUAAAGAACUAAAAAAUGUAAUUUGUUGUUUGCAGCAUAUUUACUGAAAUUAAAAGCUAUUUCAAUCAAACUUAUAACAACAUUUUAACAGGUCACGUUACAUUUUAACAUAGGACCCCUUAUUUGAUAGCAGCUUCACAAGUCUUGCAUCCAUUGAACUUGUGAGUUUUUGGACAGUUUCUGCUUGAAUUUGUUUGCAAGAUGUCAGAAUAGCCUCCCAGAGCUGCUGUUUGGAUGUAAAACUGCCUCCUACCAUCAUAGAUCUUUUGCUUGAGGAUGCUCCAAAGGCUCUCAAUAAGAUUGAGGUCAGGGGAGGAUGGAGGCCACACCAUGACUUUCUCUCCUUUUAUCCCUAUAGCAGCCAUUGAUGCAGAGGUAUUCUUUGCAGCGUGAGAUGGUGCAUUGUCAUGCAUGAAGAUGAUUUUAUUACGGAAAGCAUAGUUCUUCCUUCUGUACCAGGGAAGAAAGUGGUCAGUCAGAAACUCCACAUACUUUGUAGAGGUCAUCUUUACACCUUCGGGGACCCUAAAGGGGCUGACCAGCUCUCUUCCUAUGAUUCCGGCCCAAAACACGACUCCACCACCGCCUUGCUGACGUCUCAGCCUUGUUGGAACAGGGUGGCCGUCCACCAACCAUCCACUACUCCAUCCAUCUGGACCAUCCAGGGUUGCAUGGCACUCAUCAGUGAACAGGACUGUUUGAAAAUUAGUCUUCAUGUGUUUUUCUGCUUGUGAGCAUUGGUAAGUGGUGGCUGAAUAGAAGGUUUAUGCACAGUUGCAAGAUUCUGGAGGACUCUACACCUUGAUGUCCAUGGGACUCCAGAGACACCAGCAGCUUCAAAUAUCUGUUUGCUGCUAUGUAAUUGUAUUUUAGCAGCUGCUCUCUUGAUCCGAUGCAUGGAUCUGGCAGAAAUCUUCCUCAAUGUGCCUUUAUCUUCACGAACCUGUCUGUGCUGUGAAUCAGCCACAAAUCUCUUAAUAGUGCGAUGAUCACGCUUAAGAUUUCGUGAAAUAUUUAAUGUUUUCAUACCUCGUCCAAGGCAUUGAACUAUUUCACUCUUUUCGGCAGCAGAGAGAUCCUUUUUCCGUGCUCUGUUUAAUAAUGUGGAACACCCUCCUUUAGUAUUUUUUCCUUAAAUUGGGCUCACCUGGCAAUCUAAUUAUCACAGGUGUCCGAGAUUUUCAGUGAUCAAAAGAGCCCUGAGACACAAUGCCAUUCAUGAGUUAAACUGAAAAACAAAAUAUUUAAUCUUUGUGACACUUGAAUAGAAUUUGCAUAAUAAUUUGGAACAGGGUGUAUGUAAACAAGGCCUUGUUUGAUGCUGAAUCUCUCUAAAAAAAAGAGAGAGAGAGAGAGAGAACAGACAAUAUUAGUGCAAUAUUUUUUAUUUUUUUUAAUAUGGGGUAGUGUUUAACAAAAGCACACUCACACUUCCGAGAGCUACCUAGAGCUCUGCUGUUAUUAGCGUGGGAGGUAUAAUCCCCGUUUAAGGAUAUAUGUUCAGCAGUAGUGAUGGUAUUUCCUCAGUAAAGUGCAGUAUGCGGAGACAUAAACAGGAACAUCCAAUAGCGUUAUAUGUAUGGCACAAAGUUCACAUAUACAGUAGUAGUAUUUUACUCACAUUUUUUUUAGAGCAUCGACCUGUUCUAGUAUGGUGGAUUGUUGGUGGUAUGAUCCCCACUUGGGAUAUGCAGGAACAAAGCGUAGUAAAAAUCAGGAAGCCAAAAGGGUGCAAAGUAAAUUUUAAAUAAAUUACUACAUCAUGGCAUACCAUUUGCAGAAGUAGACAACCAAGGGUAUUCAAUUUGGAGUAUUCUUGAGGAUUAAAAUAUUCCAUGUACACAUAUAUUUGUGUAGCAUGGGAAAAAAAGGGGUGAAAUCAAAAAGGAGGUAUUGGAUGUUGAAAACAGUCUAACAAGAUAAACCGAUUUUCAAGGAAAUGAAAGGGGAAGGAAAAAGCGGUUUACUGAUGAGCGAACGUCUCCAAGUUUAAAUCCCAUUCCCCAAAACUCAAAAUGUUAGCUUGAAAGAAUCCCUCUGAAAAACCACCCUAUAAUCAUAAAGCCACCUGCCUAACACACUCAUCUCAACUACCCAUCGCAUUUGUGCCCAUAAAGUGACUACAAUAAAUCAAAGCAAGAAAAGUGCUCGAUGUGCAUUUCAAAAUUUCAAAGCAUUAGGGGGCAUGGCCUAGCAGCGCAUGGAAGCGGUCGUGUAAACUGUGAGCUCCUCCAAUCCCGGGCUUUCACAGUGUGAAAUACAGCCAUACACACAAAGUGCCUUACCUAUUAAAGGAUACCUUCCUCUGCCUUAUGGUGAUGAAAUCCGGUAAAAAAAAACUCUGGCAAAAAACGUUACACUUACAUCUAACUCUGCCGCAAGUGCUGAUACAGAGAGACCAAGAUGGUGCCAACGGGCCACGAUCUUCCACCUCCGGGGACAGCCAGAGCAGCUCCACUCCCCCGCGCCAGAACCCUGUCACAGAUGCCUCUGUGAGUAAUAUGCUGCGAGACCUGAAAGCAGCCAUACACACAGACUUUAUGAAGAUAGCCUCUGAUAUCAGAGCAGAUAUCCAGGCCGUUGGAGACUGGACGGCACACCGGGAAGAAAAGACAGAAGGGUUGGUGGAAGUACACAACUCCCUAGCAGAUGCACACUCUGCAGUAGCAGAAAAGGUGAAAUUCCGGGAGGGGAAAAUAAUGAAGACCGCGACAGGGGAAAUAGCAGGCUCUGCGGGGUACCCGAAACUAUAAGGCCACAAGACCUGUCACACUUUGUCCAAGAGUUAUUCAAAACUCUCAUCCUCAAGCUGGAAGAAAUCACAGGCUUCCACAACCGAGACACCUUCCCCCAACAACACCCAGAGAUGUGAUUACAAGAGUGUAAUGCAGGCCGCCAGGAUCAACACAGCUCUCCCAGGAAAAUUUGCAGACAUCACGCCGUUCAUUGAGCUAUCUUCAGCCACCAUUUAUAAACAACGCACGUUUGCGCCCAUCACCUCAGCUCUCUGAGUUACAAAUGUGGCCUACAAGUGGGGAUUGCCGGCUAAAUUAUUGGUCCAACGGAAUGGCACAGACAAGAUUUUCACACCUUUAUGAUCGCAAAAGACUGCUCAAAGAAUGACACAUUCCCUUCACCCAAGAAGACAACCCCCGAUCACCUAGCAAAUCACCCCCAAGAAAAGUUGCCAAAGACUGUCUCACAAUCCUAUGGUCAUCGGCAGCACAGAUUUGCGGCUAAAGGGCAUCAUCAGCUCUCAGGUAGCAUUCCCACAACCUGUACAAGGCCCUGACCCUUUGCCACAACAACCGAUAAAAGAGCGAUGCUGGCAAGCUCUCUCUAAACCAAAAACUAUAUCUCUUUGCUAUAGAGCAUGGCAAAACACUCAACCACAUACUCAUCUACACUGCAAAACAAAAUGGGAAACUGACUGUUCACUUUCAGUUCCUGACACAGAAUGGCUGCACUUGAUGAUCUCUCAAAGUAGACGAAAUGCUACACACACACAUUGAGACACACAGAAUGCUGCUAUAUAGGUGGUAUAUGACACCCUCAACUCCCCCAGAAGCUACACAAACUUUAUCCAUACUGCUGGAGAUGCUCCUUUCCUUGGAGGAGGGCACCCUCCUGCACGUAUGGUGGACGUGUCUGGUGAUCCAACCUCUCUGGUCGGCUGUCCAUAACACCUUACACACAUUGGGAAUUUCCAACUUCCCCGAAACUGCUUAAGCUUACCUCCUGCUACUCUUUCCCUCCUCAGUGGAUGAAGAGUAAGGGCAAUUGAUAGCCUUCAUCCUACUUUCAGCUCGGAUUCUUCUGGCAAAGAAUUGGAAAUCCACAAUAUGCCCAACCCUAUCCCAACUAAGAGAUAAGAUACAAUUCUACAUUUUUGAGCGCAUGUCCUUAACCACGAGCAAUGAUGCACCUUACGUUCUCCCUUCUCAGAGGACACCUAGAUUACUCAAUACACCCAUAGGCACAAUCAAAGGCCUGCAGUAGAUUUCACACCUCCAUACCUCAAAGUACUCCUUAAUAGUGAUGCAUUAUUAAUGAUUUUACUUUUGUUCAGUUAUGUUUGUUUUGUUUCAGUACAAUGUUAAUCCUAACACGUGUACGAGUUGAAUACACACACACACACACACACACACACACACACACACACACACACACAUAUAUAUAUAUAUAUAUAUAUAUAUAUAUAUAUAUAUAUAUAUAUAUAUAUAUAUAUAUAUAUAUAUAUAUAUAUAUAUAUAUAUAUAGUAUACGCACUGAUAUACUGUAUCUACCAGUCAUGAAUUGUCAUGUUUAUCUUACCAACCUGUAUCAACUCCACAUAUGUUGAAUAACUAUACAAUGCUUAUAUGUUUCUGAAAAAACAAUAAAAUAUACAUCAUAAAAAAAUAAUAAUUUCAAAGCAUUAAAAUGCAUGGAAGACCUAAUGAGCGCAAGGUAAGUACUUUUACCACAAGAUCCAAACCACUGAUAAAUCAGAAGAUUGGAGUCGCAAGCUUAUACUUGGCUAAAUAGUAUCUUAUACGAUAUGCAGGUUUCUGGAACAAUGAUAAAGAUUCACCUGUGUCAUUAUUAUAGACAGUAUGUAGUAAGAAAAGAACUGCUUCUGAUCCCAAGUAUACUAUAUCACCCGUGGAACAUGGUGGAGUUGGUGUUAUGACAUGUCUUUAAAAAUAAGGUAACUGAUGACCGAAGAUAAUUAUGACCACUUUAGGAAUAUGUUGAUUUGCGUGAUUUCUUUAACUCUCCUAUACUUGGGGGUCCAUGUAUAAAAUUAAUUGUAGUUCCAAUACACUCCAUAACAUGUAAAUGUUGAUUACUUUUCAUUAACCCCUUAAGGACUGCGCCAAAUGUAAAUGUUUUGAUCAAAAUAAAACGUAAACAAAACUGUGAAUUUUACUAUGUCUGUUCAACCGUAAUUCACCUCUUUCAUAUUAAGUGCACCCACACUUAUUAUAUAUCAUUUUAUUCAGGAGAAAUAGGGCUUUCAUUUCACAUCAAAUAUUUAGCUAUGAAACAUAAUUUAAUGAGAAAAUAUAAAAAAAAGUGAGAUUAAUAUUUUUAGUUAUGCAUGAAAUUUUUACUGUAAAUGUCACACGGUUUGCUGUUACUGCAACUAAAUUUACAUAUUUGUAUUCAGCGAUGUCUCACAGGGUCAAAUAUAGCAUGUUAAAUUUUUCAGUUUUUUUCACAUUGAAAUUCGCCAGAUUGGUUACGUUGCCUUUGAGACCGUGUGGUAGCCCAGGAAUGAGAAUUAUCCCCAUGAUGGUAUACCAUUUGCAAUAGUAGACAACCCAACGCAUUAAAUUCAUAAACCGAGGUCCCACUGCGUGUGUGUGUGUAUAUGUAUGUGUGUGUGUGUGUGUGUAUGUAUAUAUAUAUAUAUAUAUAUAUAUAUAUAUAUAUUCUAUACACACACACACACACACACGCAUUGGGACCUCGGUUAUGUAUAUAUUGUUUUAUUUUACACUGUUUCAAACUUUAUUUUAAUUUAUUUCAGGCAGCAGGGAGACUACCUGUCAUUCCAGGCACUCCUCCUGCUGGCACUGCUAUGGACGGCUAUUCCGGCCAUGUGAUCGUGAGGUCCUUAGAAGGACCUCACGAUCACAUGGCCCAGGAGGGCCGGAUCGGCAGCAGGGGGACAGCCCUUGAUGGCGGAACAAACCUAUGCCGCCUGCUGGCGUUUUAGAGCUGGGUCCCCAAGGACGGCAUAGUCACUAAAACAACUCUAGCUUAAUAAAGCAGUUUUGGUGUAUAGAUCAUACCCCUGCAGUCUCAAUGCUUAAUUCUCUGCCAUUUAGGAGUUAAAUAACUUUAUUUAUGCAGCUCUAGGCACACCUCCCUGCAUGUGACUUACACAGCCUUCCUAAACACUUCAUGUAAAGUGAGAUCUAAUGUUUAGACUUUAUUGCAAAUUCUGUUUAAUUUAGAAUUUAUCUUAUGCUUUGCUACUAGCUUGCUAAACCCUGCAGGGGCCACCUGUAUGUAAUUAAAGUUCAAUUUACAGAGCAGUAGAUUAACUUUUAAAGUAAGUUACAUCUGCUUGAAAAUGAAACCAUUUUGUUUUCAUGCAGACUGUGUCCACAGACAAGGGAGGUGUGGCUAGGGCUGCAUAAACAGAAACAAAAGUAGUUUAACUCCUAAAUGCAGAGAAUUUAGCAGUGAAACUUCAGAGGCAUAAUCUAUACAUAGGGGAAAAAAGUGCUUCAUUAAACUAAAGUUGUUUUGAUGACUAUAGUGUCCCUUAAACCCUUAAGGUACUAGCCUUAAACAUGGCUAGUCUACACUUUAGACUUUACACUUUAGGGGGGAAAAAACCCUGUAUUUCUUUUACUGUCCAAAUCCUCAUUGACUGCAACAUAUAUCGUUUUAUUUUAGGCUUCAGGUUAUUUUCUGCAUUUUGAAAUGGAAUAUGUUAAAUGUAACACAUUACAUAGUACAUCCAUCUAGGUCUGUAAUUACUAGAGAAGUUAUGUUAGUUUUAUUUUUCUUACAGGUAUUACAUCAUUAUGGUAACCAUGUUUUUUACAGUGAGUGUGGUGAAUAAUUAUGCACUCAAUCUCAAUAUCUCCAUGCCACUUCACAUGAUAUUUAGAUCGGUAAGUAGAAAUGUUGGGGGGAGGGGGAUGGGAUAUUACAUUUCUAUUUUAUAUCUGUGAUAAAUUACUGGGUAGAUGGCUUGUAAUAAUUUGAGUUGAAUUAUUUUGCUGUGUUUGACAAAAGGGGUGUUUGUGUUUAGUUUCUUUCUCCUUGCAAUCUGAGAUGCUUCAAAAAUACUUGCAAUUAAUUAUAUUAUGUAGCUGCUGUUACAGGGAAAAUCCAAGGCUGAUUUAAAAAAUUAAUACAAAAAAAAUAUAUAAAUCACAAUACCGAUUUUGUACAUACACCACAUUUUAUUUUUAAUUUUUUAACAUAAGAAUUAAAAGUAAUUUGUGUAAAGGGACACUUAAAGCAGCACAACCACUGUGACGAACGCCCCUUUGCCUAGACAUUUGACACAGGCUCCUGAAGGAGUGUGGAGGCUAGCCUCCUGCCCACUGACUAUGGGCCAUGCUAAAAGGCUAUUAAGAGACUUGGUUUGUGGGAUUCCCUUGGACUGUUCGGGAACUGAACCAACCCAUGAACUGCGGACCACCUCUAAGCUUAUUGACCCUUGUUAACCUCUCCUGAAACUUCAAUCCAUGUGGGUUCUAAUUGUGCGGCUGGGUGGCUGCCAUUCGUAUGCAUGAUCGCAUGAAAACUGUGGCCAUCUUGUACACGAAAAUGCAGGCAGCAGUGUUUGGGCAGCGAUCGUGUGAAGCCUAAAUCUGACACUGAAACUCCCGAACACCAUUGAACUUUGACGAAUGCCGGCUUCUUCUCCACACAUGGCAGGAGAGCGCCAUUCGCUAGGUUUGUUCGUAUGAAUUAUACGAACAAGUGCUACCAACAAACCAGAGUUGUUUUUCUAUCACAUGGAACUCCCGCAUUUGACCAGCAAAAGCACAAAAUGCCCUGGAACUGUUUUGGGCAUAGGACCAUGUGUGCGGCUGGUCAGAACUUCCACAUGGUGGUGUGCGUGGGAUCUAAGCGCUUUUCGGAAAUGUUGGGCGCUCAGAUCCCUCUUCCCCGGACAUGCCAUGCGGUAGGUUUGUUUGUAUGAACCAUACGAACAAACGCUACCAGCAAGCCAGAGUGUGCGUUCGGUAUUUCUUUAACAUGGAAGUUGACCGGCUAAAGCAUAAAACGCCCUGAACGGUUUGGGGCAUGGGUCAGAACUUCCACACGGUGGUGUUUUGGCUGUGUUGGAUAUGUUGGGUGCUCAAAUCCAGCCUAUCCGACGAUGUAUAGACUGUGGGAAAUAUGCAUUUUUGUGUGUUUUUCAUAUUUUGUAAUUUUCUGCUGAGUCACGGUGACAUUGCAUUUUGGGGACAUUUUGUGGGUGUGUUAAUGGAAGUGUCAUGGGCGUGUUUGCAGUGUCUCUAUACUGUAUAAAAGUGGGCCCUUGAGCCUGGAUUAAACAGAGAUAAUUUUACCCCUUCAUUAAGUCUAGGUUAAUGUUUGGGAGAUUUGAAGCUAUAUUUACUAGUAUCCGUUACAACCACUAUAACAUUUUUUUAAUAUUUAUUUUGCCUAGAAUCCCCUGCCAACUUUGCCUUCUAAUGGUUAGGUUGCUUAGAGUGUUCAUUUGUCGAAAACAAAGGUGAGAGGCAGUCCAAGAAGUGUGAAGUCAGAAUAAAUUUGUGUUUUUUGUGUUUCUUCUUAUUUUACUUGCAUAUAAAAAAAAUUCUUCCACACUGUCCAUUUAAUGUGCAUAUUAAUGGGGAUGAAUGAUUUUGUCAAGUGAAUGAUCAGCAGUUUUAACACUGUAUCUAAAAUUCCGGCUGCUCUUUUGACAUUUUUCACAUCAAUAAUUUAUUACUAAAUUCUGUGCUUCCUUUCUAGGGAUCUUUGAUAGCAAACAUGGUGUUGGGAAUAAUUAUACUUAAAAAGAGGUAAGAUAUUUUGAUCUUUAACUGGACCUCUCUUAAACAGGGCUUUUAUAAAUGCAUCUAUUUCCCACAUUGGAUCUUAAAGGGACACCAUAGUGAACAAGACAACUUUAGCUUAAUGAAGCCGUUUUGAAGUAUAGAUCAUGCCCCUGCCGUCUCAAUGCUCAAUUCUCUGCCAUUUAAGAGUUAAAUCACUUUUGUUUCUGUCCAUGCAGUCCUAGCCUCACGUCCCCUAGUUGUGACUGACACAGCCUGCGAGGCUGAAAAAAUAUGGUUUCAUUUUCAAUCCGAUGAUAACUUGCUUUAGUAGUCUUUAUCUCCUGCUCUGUAAUUAAAUUUGAAUCACACAUAGGAGGAUCCAAGGUCUAGCAGGCUAUUAACCAUGCAGGAGCUCUUUUCAGGUAUAUCACCGGAUAAUCGAAUGGCACAAUCCAACUUCUCAAUGGAUCUUCCCUACCCUGGAAAGCAAAACGGUACAGGACUGAAUCCCUUCUGCUUUGUGGCUGAACAUGGGAGCAACUCUGGGAGCCAUCCGCGAGCAGCCAUUUCUAGGCGACAAUUCGGCUAUGGUACCAAUCCUGUUUUCAAUUGUCCCUCGCCACCUUACACAGCCCUAUGUAUCCCUUGUUAGAAAAUCCAGCUGGUCUAGAUCGACACACAUGGGCAUACCUUGGCAGAGGUUCAUUAAUUCGUGGUGUGAGGAGAAUGCUUCCUAUCCAAAGCUGUAUACAAGACAGAUCUCCUACCUCUCUUGAGGUCUCUCAAGCAGGUCACUCACACCAUUUGACGAGAUAUACUCCCGGGAUGAACUGUUGCGUAAUGGUAUUUCUGCCCUGCAUCGGGUGCUGCUGACAGAGAACAACCUUGCCCCAUUUAAGUACUAGUCAUUGUGGGAAUAUGCCCUACACAUGUCGUUUACAGAUCAGGAGUGAUCGAAGAUGAUAUUGCUGACUUACUUGAGUUCUAUCUGCACCAGAUACCAGUAAUUAAACGACAUGAUCUUAAUGUAAUCGUAUGACACUGGAGAAAUUGCAAAGGUUCUUUCCUGUGGCACCUGAUGUUUGCUAGAGAUGUUGGGGCAUGGUGGGCUCGCUCCUUCACAUAUUCUGGGAAUGUCUGAUCAUCACACCUUAGUGAAGGAAGAUUUAUGACACUGUCGUCUGUGGCAGACAAGGGGGUGAACUUUCACCCGGCAGAUAUGAUUCUAAACCGCUGUAAGCUCCCUAUCUCCAAAUACAUGAAAAUCUUGUCAAGACAUCUGAGUGGAGGAGAUUAGUCAGAUGGAAGAGGGUACGGCUAUUUUGAAGGGGCGGAUUGAGAGAUACGAGGAGGUAUAGAGGGCGUGGAAAUACUACCUUUGUACCGGUGACCCGACCAGACUGUACAAUAAAGGAAGUUUAAUAAUUGGAUAUCACUUUACAGGAAGUGUUUAGAAAGGCUGUGCAAGUCACAUGCAGGGAGGUGUGGCUAUGGCUGCAUAAACAAAGUGAUUUAACUCCUAAAUGGCAGAGAAUUGAGCAGUGAGACUGCAGGGGCAUAAUCUACACACCAAAACUACUUCAUUAAGAUAAAGGUAUUUUGGUGACUAUAGUGUACCUUUAAGUAGUCACAAAGUAUCCCUUUUUGGUACCAAAGUAAAGGCCACCUAUUAACAAGGGAAACAUCUGGGAUGAGUUCUAUGUUACAUUACUUUGUUGGCCGUCAGUCUCAUUGGCAAAAUCUCAGACGUUACGUUUCUUUUAAAACCUUAAGCAUCAACUCUCAAUGAAGUGCUUAUUGUGUCUGGAAGUCCUAUGCUCCAUCUUAAACUUAUGACGUCUUCCUUCUCUGGCCCUAGCACCUUGGGGACCGUUAAAUGCUCUAGAAAGGUACACCCAUUAUUGGUAUGUACUGGAGGAAGAGGCAGAGGGGCAGAAAUGGGCACUGUCAAGAAGACAUUCGGGUUAAACCCCAUAGGACCUUCAGAUACCAUAAUGACUUCAUUGAAAUGUGCACGGAGUGGUCCUUUUUAAUACAAAAUUAGCUUUAUUAUAAUUUAUCAAGAGGUAAAAUGUGUGAUUUAGUACAUCAAUAAAGGGCAAAAUAUGCAAUCAGAGAAUUGUGCUUGUAGUUUUGGUAGGAAACCAGCCUGUCAAAUCCUAAAUUUUAUUUUUAUUACUACAGUAAUGGCUAAUGGCUCUCAGAUUUCAUUUACUUUUAUUUUAGGUAAGUAUUAUGUUUUUUUUUGGUUAUUAUUCUGUAGAUUGAAAUGGCAGCUUAACGUUUCACAUUUGGCUGCAUAGUUUUGAUAUGUGGAAUUUAGAGCGAGCCUAAACUCAUAGGGCGGUAACUUGAUGAGAAAGGAAUAUCUAGUUUGAUUGAAGUAGAUUGUGGUGGAUUGAUGAUGUCUCACUGGUAUACUCUUAAAUAACUAUUUACAGUGUUCACUAAAAAUAUUUUUUCUUUCUCCCCUAGGUACAGCAUUUCCAAGUAUUUGUCUAUUGCUCUUGUUUCUGUGGGGAUCUUUAUUUGCACAUUGAUGUCUGCACAGCAAGUGGUAAAGCCCUGUUGCUCUCAUUUUGCUAAUUCCUUGACUGUUUUAUUUUGUGUAUUGCACCAUUACCUAAGGCAUACUAUAAAUGCUGUUCUUGACCACAAGCAAGAUGUGAUUGACUGUUAGCAAGCCAAAAUUGUCUUUCAUAGUUGAUUUGGGAUGCUUACGUGAUGUAGCAUUUUCAGAAAAUAUGCAGCCGUAGGAAAAUUAAAACUUAACGGAAAUUGGAUAAAACAAAUAUUGGACAGCCAGCCUACAUCAAUGCCACUUUGAUCAGUAGGUUUUUGUCACUCUCUACUUGACUUAAGUGUUUAUUUUGUAGAAGGGUUUGCAGAAGAACUCGGUGUGGCAUAUUUUAAUUAUGAUAAUGUUACAUUGUGCCAUGCAGGGGCCUCUAGUCUCCAUGCAGUUCUGGUACAUACAUGGGUGCCAUGGGUCUACUAAGUGUGUGUCUCUGUGCAAGUUGUUUGUUCUUGCACUUUAUUAUCUUUUUGUUGAGGAUUGUGUUCUUUAUUUUUAUGAAAAGUAACUCCAUGCAUCAAAAGGUGUAUUUUUUUUUACUUUUACUCUUGGGAAACACUGCAUAAAUGAAUAUAGGAAAAUGCUUAAUAGGUGGUCAGCUCUACCUUUAAUUUUUGUUAUAAGCCUCAUCUCGAGUCUUGCACUGUCACCAGAUGAAGAAAACUCAACCCAUAAAGACAAUGAACCUUUGUAGUGCGUAGAGCUGUGUUUACAUUUAUUAUUGCUUUCUUUAAUGUUGUAUUGUUUUACUCCUUCAGGCAUCACAUCAACCCUCCCCUGAAGAAGAUGGGUUUGCAGUUUUCCUAUGGUGGCUUAUAGGUGAGUAGUAACAUUCACGAACUGGCUUUUUUUUUAUACAUCUGGACCUUUAUAAACCAAAGUCUAGUGUCAUUUAAAUUCCUAGCAUGGAAGCAUAGCUGGACCUGUGUAAACAUUAUCUAAUUGUAUUAUCUAAUUUUAUUCAUUUUUUUUUUUAUACAUUUUGUGCAAACUGUAUUUUUACUGUAUUUUCUGUGCAUGCCUUUUUAAAGGAUCACUAUAGGGUCAGGAACACAAAGAUAUAUUCCUGACCCUAUAGUGUUAAAACCAAAAUCUAGCCCCACUGGGCCCCUCAUGCCUCCCUAAAAAGAGCAAAAUCUUACUUUUAUUCAAGCCUGAAGCUGUAGCUCUGCAUGCUGUUUGACUCAGAAUAGUCAAUAGUCAAAACCUGUCUGCUGACAUCAUCAGAGGUGGUAGCCUGAUCCAAUCUCAAUGCUUCCCCAUAGGAUUGGCUGAGACUAACAAGGAAAUAGAUCGGGGCAGAGCCAGCAUGAUUCAAACACAACACUGGCCAAUCAGCAUCUCCUCAUAGAGAUGAAUUGAAUUAAUGAAUCUCUAUGAGGAAAGGUCAGUGUCUGCAUGCAGAGGGAGGAGACACUGAAUGUUUGGAUGCAUUUUAGGCAGCCAUGACCCAGGAAGGAUCUCUAACAGCCAUCGGAGGAGUGACCAGUGAAGUUAUCACUAGGCUGUAAUGUAAACACUGCAUUUUCUCUGAAAAGACAGUGUUUACAGCAAAAAGCCUGAAGGUAAUGAUUCUACUCACCAGAACAAAUAUAUAUAAAUAUAGUCCUUUAGUUACACACUGCUACUAUAUUAAUGGCAAUGUUAGUAUCAUUAUGUUUGUUUUUACUAGCCAUAUGAAUAUAUCUAAUCCUAAAGGUCCACUAAAAAUGUAAUUUAACACAAAAACAACCUCAAACUUUAAGGAAGCCUAAAGGGCAACAAAAAAGUAACAGAAUGAAAGAGAAGAAUAAAAACCAGGGUUUUUUGUUGUUGUUGUUUUGUGUACACAUUUUGGUGGUUUUAUUUAACCCCUUCAGACCGAGAACGGUUCAGGACCGUCAUCGGCAUUUUUGCGUUGCCGACCUGUAACGGUCCUGAACCGUCCUAACGGUCCACCGUACUUACCUGAUCGCCGUCGUUCCCCCGGCGGCAAUCGGUGUUGCUCCCGUUGUGGGGAGACUGCCUGCAGCCCAGACAGUCUCCCCAUCGUGGAUUAGGACCCCUGGGGUCACAAUAGGUGUCCAUGUGUAUGCCUGCAGGGGAACUGCCUGUGCUGCCUGCUAGUGUAAAAUCAUAAAAAAAAUUAAAGUUAAAGUUAAUAAAAAAAAUUAAAAAUUAUAUAUGUGUGUGUGUGUGUGUGUGUGUGUGUGUGUGUGUAUAUAUAUAUAUAUAUAUAUAUAUAUAUAUAAUAUAUAUAUAUAUUGUCAUACUAAGUGUAUUUUUAUAUUAAUAUGUACAUAUAUUAAUAUUAAAUUACACACGUGUGUGUGUGUGUGUAUAUAUAUAUAUAUAUAUAUAUAUAUAAUAUAUAUACAGUAUAUACUCGAGUAUAAGUCUAGUUUUUCAGCACAUUUUUUGUGCUUAAAAACCCCCACUCGACUUAUACUCGAGUCACUGUCUGUAUUAUGGCAACUUAGAGAGCCGUGGCAACAAUCCGCGCGGCAACCAGACCGCGAGACUUACAGUGGAGCUGACCGGAACGGAGGAGAAGGGAGCUGACAGGAGCUGCAGGAAAGGUAAGUAAAUGCUUCCUGCCGGCCCCCCACUUCACAGCCCAUGCCACUGGACCACCAGGGAUUAAGAUAGCCCCCCCUCCCUGACCAGUUAACAAGCAGGGAGGGGGGACAAAAAAAAUAAUUAAAUAAUAAAAAAAAAUAUUAAAAUUAAAAAAAAUUAAAAUAAUAAAAAUGCCCUCCCCCCACCCAGUUCACACACACACUACACAAACACACACUCUGCAUUAUAUACACACUCUGCAUUAUAUACACAGAGUGUGUGUAUAUAAUGCAGAGUGUGUGUUUGUAUGAGUGUGUGUGUGUAUAUAAUGCAGAGUGUGUUUGUAUGAGUGUGUGUGUAUAUAAUGCAGAGUGUGUGUUUGUAUGAGUGUGUGUGUAUAUAAUUAUAAAAAUCACAGAAUUUCAUAGCCCCAAGUUUUACCCUCGACUUAUCCACGAGGCAUAGCAUAUUUCACAAUUGUUGGUCACAAAACUGCACUCGACUUAUACAUGAGAUCGACUUAUACAUGAGUAUAUACGGUAACUAUAUAUUGUGUGUGUAUAUAUAUAUAUAUAUUAUAAAAUACAAAUAUUUAAUUUAAAUUAAAUAAAAACAUAUAAAAAUAAUACAUUUUUUUAAAAGAAAUAUAUAUCUAUAUGAAAUUUUAUUCUAACUGUAUUUUGAUAUUAACCCCUUAAGGACUAGACUGUUUUUGCGAUUGUUGUAUAUUUGCGACCAGGCAUAUUUUUACACUUUUGUGGUGUUUGUGUUUGGCUGUAAUUUUUCGCUUUCUCAUUUACUGUUCCCAUACAACUUAUAUAUUGUUUUUUUCAGGACAAAAGGGGCUUUCUUUACAUACCAUUAUUUAUAUAAUCUCAUGUAUUUUAAUUUAAAAAAAAUAUUAUUUAGUUUUUUUACUUUUACUUGAAAAAUCUUUUACUCAUCUACAAAAGCGAAUGAAAAAAACUGCUAAAUAGAUUCAAAAUUUUGUCCUGAGUUUAAAAAUACCCAGGGUUUACAUGCUUUUUUGCUUUUUUUUGCAUGUUCUAGGGCUAUAGGUACAAGUAGGAUAUUGCGGUUUCAAAACAUACAUUUUUAAAAUUUAUCAAUAGUGACAUUGUAACGCUAUUAUCUGUCAUAAAUCUCUGAAUAACACCCCACAUGUACAUAUUUUUUUUAAAGUAGACAACCCAGGGUAUUCAAUAUGGGGUAUGUCCAGUCUUUUUUAGUAGCCACUUUGUCGAAAACACUGGCCAAAGUAAGCAUUCAUAUUUGUUUGUGUGUGAAAAAAGUAAAAAAACUAAAUUGAACGCUAAUUUUGGCCAGUGUUUGUGACUAAGUGGUUACUAAAAAAGACUGGACAUACCCCAUUUGUAAUACCUUGGGUUGUCUUCUUUUGCAAAUGGUAUGCCAUCAAGGGGGUAAUUCUCAUUCCUGGGCUACCAUACGCUCUCAAAUGCAACGUAACCAACCUGGCCAUUUUCAAUGUAAAAAUAUUUGACCCAUAUAUUUGACCUGUAACUUUCAAAAAUACUAUAAAACCUGCACAUGGGGGGUACUGUUUUACUCAGGAGACAUCACUGAACACAAAUAUUAGUGUUUAAAAACUGGAAAACGUAUCACAACAAUUAUAUCAUCAGUAAAAGUGCUGUUUGUGUGUGAAAAAUGCAAAACUUUCACUGACAAUAUCAUCGCUGUGAUAUGUUUUGCUGUUUUGAAUGCGCUAAUAUUACAAUGUUCAACUUGUCUCCAGUAAAGCCUAUAUACAGGGGCUAGGAGGUAAUAAAUAGAGCGUACAGGGUAAAAUCCCCAGUGCUUACAACAAAAAUUAAAUUCUCUAGGACUUUUCAUUUACCGUUUGGCUGGCAGGUCCUCAAAAUUACAAUCAAUAAAAUUACUUAAUUAUGUAAAAAUAUUACAUAAAUACGCCGCGUAGAGAUUUAAAUAUAUAUGCAUAUUUAUAUAUUUGGAAAUCUCUACGUGUAUAUUAUAUAAUUAUUUAUGUAAUUUUGUAUAUGGACAUAUGUAUAUUUCGUAUUUUUAUUUAUUUAUAUAUACAUAGAUAUAUAUACAAAUUCAUUCUAAGUGUAUUUUGAUAUAAAUAUAUAUAUAUAUAUAUAUAUUAAUUUUAAAAUACAGUUAGAAUAAAAUUUCAUAUAUAUAUAAUUUUUUUUUAUUUUUAUUAUUUAAAAAUUUUUUAUAAAAUUUAAAUUACUUAUUAUUUAUAUUUUAUAAUAAUAUAUAUAUAUAUACAAUAUAUAUAGUUAUUAUAUAUAUUAUAUAUAUAUACGUGAGUAAUUUAAUUAUAAGUGUAUUUUUAUAUUAAUAUAAGUACAUAUUAAUAUAAAAAUACACUUAGUAUGGCAUUAUAUAUAUAUGAUAUAUAGACAUAUAUUAUAUUGAUAUAAUAUAUGUCUAUAUAUCAUAUAUGUAUACACAUAUAUAAUAAUUUUUUUUUAUUAACAUUAACUUUAUUUUAUUUUUUGAUUUUACACUAGCAGGGAGACUGCCUGUCAGCACAGACAGUCCCCCUGCAGGCAGACACAUGGACACCUAUUGUGACCAUGUGAUCGCUGUGUUAAGCGAUCACAUGGCCCCAGGGGUCCUAAUUCAGUGUGGGGAGACUGUCUGGGCUGCAGGCAGUCUCCCCACAACCGGAGCCACGCUGAUCGCCGCCGGGGGAACGACGGCGAUCAGGUAAGUAACUAAGACCGUUGGGACGGUUCAGGACCAUCAUCGGUCUGCAAGGCAAAAAUGCCGAUGAUGGUCCUGAACCGUCCUCGGUCGUGAAGGGGUUAAUAAAUAUAUUUAUAUAAAAAUACACUUAGAAUGAAAUUGUGUGUACAUAUAUCUAUGUAUAUAUAAAUAAAUAAAAAUAAUACGAAAUAUACAUAUGUCCAUAUACAAAAUUACAUAAAUAAUUGUAUAAAUAUACACGUAGACUUCAAAUAUAAAAAUAUGCAUAUAUAUUUAAAUUCUACAUGCGUAUUUAUGUAAUAUUUUUACAUAAGUAAUUUUAUUGAUUGCAAUUUGAGGGACCUCCCUGCCAACCCAGGCCGAAAGUCCAGAGAAUUUAAUUUGCUACCACUGUAUUUUACCCUGUAAUUUUCUAUGACACCCUAAAACCUGUACAUGGGGGGUACUGUUUUACUCGGGAGACUUCGCUGAACACAAAUAUUAGUGUUUCAAAACAUAUCACAGCGAUGAUAUUGUCAGUGAAAGUGACUUUUUUUUGCAUUUUUCACACACAAACAGCACUUUUACUGAUGAUAUAAUUGUUGUGAUACGUUUUCCUAUUUUGAAACACUAAUAUUUGUGUUCAGCAAAGUCUCCCGAGUAUAACAGUACCCCCAUGUACAGGUUUUAUGGCGUUUUUGAAAGUUACAGGGUCAAAUAUAUGGGUGAAAUAUAUUUACAUUGAAAAAGGCAAGGUUGGUUACGUUGCCUUUGAGAGCAUAUGGUAGCCCAGGAAUGAGAAUUACCCCCAUGAUGGCAUACCAUUUGCAAAAGAAGACAACCCAAAGUAUUGCAAAUGGGGUAUGUACAGUCUUUUUUAAUAGCCACUUAGUCACAAACACUGGCCAAAAUUAGCGUUCAAUUUAGUUUUUUACUUUUUUCACACACAAACAAAUAUGAAUGCUAACUUUGGCCAAUGGUUUCGACUAAGUGGCUACUAAAAAAGACUGGACAUACCCCAUAUUGAAUACCCUGGGUUGUCUACUUUAAAAAAAAAUAUGUACAUGUGGGGUUGUUCAGAGAUUUAUGACAGAUAAUAGUGUUACAAUGUCACUAUUGAUAAAUUCUAAAAAUAUAUGUUUUGAAACCGCAAUAUCCUACUUGUACCUAUAGCCCUAUAACGUGCAAAAAGCAUGUAAACACUGGGUAUUUUAAAACUCAGGACAAAAUUUUAAAUCUAUUUAAUAGUUUUUUUUCAUUAGCUUUUGUAGAUGAGUAAAAGAUUUUUCAAGUAAAAGUCAAAAAACAUAUAUUUGUUUCAAUUUUUCAUCAUAUUUUUUUUAUUUUUUUUAAAUUAAAUAACAUGAGAUUAUAUAAAUAAUGGUAUGUAAAGUAAGCCCCUUUUGUCCUGAAAAAAACCAAUAUAUAAUUUGUAUGGGAACAGUAAAUGAGAGAGCGGAAAAUUACAGCUAAACACAAAUACCACAAAAGUGUAAAAAGAGGCCUGGUCGCAAAGGUACAACAUCGCAAAAACAGUCCAGUCCUUAAGGGGUUGAACAAAGGUCCAAUUUUAAGUGCAGAACUCUGUUGUGGGCUACCUAAUGUCAAUUCAUUGCAUAUUUGCGUCUGUUGUCAGCACACUGGCGAUACGUGUGAUAAUCCUCUCCCUUUUAGAAAAAAAACGCUUGCAAAGGGAAGAUAGCUCUCCCUUCCCUCCCUCUCGCUUUGUGCUUCCUCUCUCCUCUAUUUAUUGCAGAUGUAGGUGUUUUGCGCUCAUACGCUCUGAGACAGUAAAACGGCACAUCCUCCUCUUCUGCGUAACGUAUAUGAGUGUAUAUAUACAACAUUAAUAACCUGUUAUGAGAAGCCAGUCAGUGCGUCGUAAACAUGGGUAUGCAGAAGAGGAGAAUGUUACAAGAAAUAUGCACUCAGCAGGUUUAGGGAAGUAAGUUAACUACAUUAAAAAAUAAGCCUAUUAAUUGUACAACAUGAACCAAGCCCCAUGAUUAGUUAUCUGAUAUGAUAGUUUUACUUUAAACUCUGCCACCUGCAUUUAUAGGCAAAAUUACAGCUGUUUCUGCAUAAACGUUCUAUUUGCCAUUCCUUGUAUGUUAAAUAAACGUUCCAGACCCCUGCCCAGUGUGUGUGUGUGUUUGAGUCUUGCUAAAAUAACCAGAGCAUUGCAAGUUUGUGGAAACUGUGUACUUAAACAUCAGUGAUAUUUUUAGCAAAACUGAUGUUAUUCUAUAAAUUUCUCUAAAAUAUAUAUUGUCAUUGUUGGUGUUCAUUUCCAUUCCGUAAUGGCUGCUUCAGUUUAUAAGUGGCACAAUCUCUGACAUCGUAAUGUGAUAGCUGUUAUCAAAAUAAUUUAAUGGGCAUUUCUUUCCUGCUUUCCAGGUAUCGCGGCUCUGACCUUUGCUCUCAUAGUGUCAGCCAGAAUGGGAAUCUUUCAGGAAACCCUGUACAAAGAAUAUGGGAAGCACCCCAAAGAGGCAUUAUUCUACAAUGUAAGUUGGAAACUUAGCAUUGGGGGAACUGACUGUGACAGACUAUUGAACUAUGUUUAUUCUGGUGCACACUGAUGAAUGUCACCAUUGAGUUAAUGUUCAAUGGUUAGAUUAUGCAAUCUAAAAAUCUAGUCUGCUACACUGUCCAUGUGAACAUCAUUUACUGGUGAACAGAAACAACUGAUCUAAUAGUUUGUCAAUCUACUGACCACUAUCUGGAUAUAGAAAUGGGGUAUUUAUUUUUAAUCUGUGGGUGCAAAAAUUACAUUAAACAUGUACAUUUCUUAAUCUGCCGGAAUACAAGUAUAUAUAUUUAUUUAUUUAAUUUUUUUUUUUAGCUUGGAUUUUAACUUGUAUAUUUUUAAUAAAAAUUUAGCUGCUUAGGCACAUAUACGUAGGAGGUAUUUUUUAAACAAAAUAUAGUAUCCAAGGAGGAAAACUCAAAAGAUUUCUCUCUUGUGGCAUACAAAUAUUAUACAUCUUUUAAAAUCUCUUUGACAAGUGGGGAAUUUUCAUUGGCCACAGACAGAAAGCAACACAUUAUAAAUAAAUGAACAUUUAAAAGCACUUUGAUAUCUCACAGCUACCUUUUUAUCCUUCCCGUGACAGCAUGCUUUGCCACUGCCGGGAUUCCUGCUACUUGCUCCUGAUAUUUAUUACCAUGCAGUCAUGUUCACUCAGAGUGGUAAGUAUCGCAAGUCAUUAAUGAAGCGGUAUUUGCAUGUAACAAGUGUGCCCAGUUUAACUAGCCUAUUUCAUUUGCUCUUCUUUGUGAAUUUUGUGCAUAGUCCAUGGAAUAUCUUUUUUAAAUGUGUUUUUACCAGUGGCAUCCUGAGGGAAACAAGCUUAGACCGUAUUUAUUUUAUUUCAAUAAUUUUUAUUGGAAAAUGUUUCAAUAUUAUACAUAUAGACAAUUAAUCAUACAUAACAAUUUGUUGUCUUUUCAGUGGUUAGUUUAGAGUUAAUACAUCUAUAUAUCCAGAAAACAUACAAAUAUCCUUCAUAUCACAUAGAAAGCAAUACCUAGAAAAAAAAGCAAAAAAAAAAAAAAAAAGCAGAAGUAAUAAAAAUAGUUAUAUCAGUAGCUAAGAGUAAGAGGGCAGGAACACAUACUGCUGCUCCUGUCCUCCCAUCGACCGUUACAUACGGGUUAUUCUGAGGAGGGAGAGAGUUAUAUUUGUAAAAGAAAAAGCGCUCUUGGUUCUAUUAAUUUUCUUGCAAUCAUUUUGUCAAUAAUAUUAAUAUUCGAUUAGUCUGGUACAAUUUUAUUUAACAAUUCCUUCCAAAUUGAAUAUUUUUUUUUGUGAAUUCAAGAGGUUCAUCGAUAUCUUUUUGUAUUUGUAUUUGGGAUAUGAAUUGAUAUUUUGCUUUACGCCAAAUUGUUUUUUUAGGUGACUUCCAGUUCUGUGUGAUCAAUUUAACUGCUAAAAUAGUGUGUGUUAUUAGCAUUUUAUGAGCUUGAGACAUUUUUGGCCAGAACAUAUGGAGAAGUGUUUCCUUUGGAGACCAAUUUAUUUUGGUUUUGGUCAUAUUAAAUAACCAUUUAUAUGAAUCAAACCAUAUCACCCUAAUUUGCUCACACUCCCACCAAAUGUGUAAAUCUGUUCCACUCAUUUUGUUGCAUCUCCAGCAUAUUUAUCUGUAGUAGAUAGGGAAAUAUUUGCACUCCUGUUUGGGACCCAAUGCUAUCUGUUGGCAAUCUUAUACUGUGUCUCUAAGAAAUUUAGGCAAAGUUUUUUGUUCCAUUCGUCAUUGUCUAUAUACACUCUAAGGUCUUUCUCCCACCUAACUAUUAAUGAAGUUUUGAUUAGUGGAUAUUUAGCUUCUGUCAGGGUUCUUGCUCUAGAUAAUAGAUAAUACUUUAUUCACUUUUUCAUAGUUAAAUAUCUGUUGUAAUUUAGUAAUACGAUUUGAGUUUUUAGAUAAAAGAUGUUUAUCUAAAAUAUUCUUAAAUAAUUGAAAACCUGAGAAUUAGUUAAAUUAAAUUGCUAUUUGAGAUCUGGAAAAGGUUUAAUUUUAUCAUUAUUAAUCAGUUGCUUAACAAAUAAGAUGCCCUUUUGUUUCCAUAGAUUUAGGUCUAGAUCUGUUAAUUCUAUGAUCUGAACUUUUAAUGACUGUAUUAUUUUGUUUGUUACUCCCAUUUCUUUUUUUAUUUUAUACCAUGCUUCUAAUAAUUGUUUUAAAAUUAUAUUCUGCUUCAAUGUAUGUAUAGAAAAUCGUUUAUUUUUUAGAUUCCAUACAGCCAAAGAUAAAUCAUUAUUUCUCAGUGAAUUUUUUUCUAUUUCUUGCCAGCCUUCUAAUUCAGGAGAUUUUAUUUGCAGCCAGUAUAUAUGUGUAAUUUUACUGGAUUGGUAGAUAUUUUUAAUAUUUGGAAGAUUUAGACCUCCUUUAUUUUUUAUUUUUUUUACAAGACAGGAGUUUUCUAUUCUAGGUGGUUUGCCUUUCCAGUUAAAGUUUGUAAAAUUUGAUUGUGACAUAACCAUAAAUUAGGUACCAGUAGAGGCAAUAUUUGAAAAAGAUAUGACCAUCUUGGUAGGAUGUAGGAAUUAAUUAGGUUGAUCCGUCCCCACCAGGUUAAUUCUAUAGUUCUAUAUUCUUUUAAUAGUUGGUUUGUUGAUCUUAGUAGUUCCAUUAAAUUUAUUUCCAUUAAGCUUUUUACAUCUUUAGUUAUUUUCACUAAUACGUAAGAAACGUUUUUGUUUAACCCAGCAAAAUCUAUACUGUUUUUUUUUUUAUUUCUUUUAUGACUUCUUGUUUUAUAUUUAUAGAGACAAUAUUAGAUUUCUCUUCAUUUAUUUUAUAAUUGGAUAUUAUGCUAUAAUUUUGAAUUUCUUGGAUACGUUCUCUAAGUGAAUCUUUGGGAUUUAACAGAGUCAAUAGGACAUUGUUCGCAUAUAGAUUUAUCUUUAGUUGUGUGAGUCCUAUUGGGAAUCCUUCUAUUUUUUGGUUAUUUCUUAUUUUCAUUGCAAGAGGUUCAAUUGAUAUAUAUAGCAAUGGAGAAAGUGGGCAUCCUUGCCCUGUCCUGUUUUUUAAUGGAAACCAAUCAGUAGUUAUAUUAUAACCCACUGUUCUUGCUGACGGGGAACAAUACAGCAGCAUAAUUGCUUUAUAAAGCCAUCCCUGUAUAGAGAAAUGUUAGAUAGAUUUACUCAUGAACCACUAGUUGACUCUGUGGAACUCUUUGUCAGUGUCAGUCGAGAGAGUCAACAUGGGGGUCCCAGAUUCUUCCACUGAAUCCAUAAUAUCCAAUAGUCUUCUAAUAUUGGAACCUUAAAACUUAUUUGGGAUAAACCCAGUCUGGUCUGGGUGGAUUUAAUUAGUUAUCACUGAUUUUAACCUGAAUGCAAGUAUUGAUGAAUAUAGUUUAAUAUCUGUAUUUAAAAGGGAUAUUGGUCUAUAGUUUUGAAUAUGAGUAGGGUUUUUAUUUAUUUUUAAUAUUGGAAUUAUAUUUGCUUUAGUUCAUCUGUUAUAUAAUGCUGUUGGACGAAGUCAUUAAAUGUAGCUGUUAGAUCACCUAUCAACUGUACCUUAACUGUUUUAUGAAAAAUAUUACUUGGACCAUCAGGGCCUGGUGUUUUUAAGAGUUGCAAUGAUGUUAUCGCUUGUUCAAUGUCCAACUUACUAAUUGGUAAAUUUAAGUUCUGUUUCUGUACAUCUGUUAAUUUUGGAAAAUUUGGAUCUCUAAAAUAGUCAUCUAUAUCUCCUGUAUGAUUUCCUAUACUAUAUAACUUGCUGUAAUAGUCAUUAAAAGCUUUGCCUAUUUCAUCUGGAGUUAACAAAAUGUUAUCUCCUAUAAUAAUUUUUAUUAUAUUUCUUAUAUUGUUCUUUUUUUAACUUAUCUGAGAGUAGUUUAUCUGCUCUAUUCCUCCUCGCAUUAUAUUUAGUCUUUAUUUUUUUUCAUUGUUUUAAUUGAACUUUGUCUUCAUAUAUAGUUCAUUUUUCCCUGGGUUUCUAAUAUCUCAUUAUAGGUGUGAGCAGUAUGAUUUUGUUUAUUAUCAUUAGAGAGAUUAUGAAAUUUUAAAUAUAGGUCUUGUAAAUUUUGUUCAUGCUUUUUCCUAAAUUGAUUGAUUAAUUUUAUAACAUAGCCUCAAAUUACUGCUUUGAAGGCACACCAGUUAUUAGUUUGAUUUGUGUCCUUUGAAUAAUUUUCAGCAAAAUAUAGGGAAAUUAUCUAAGAGAUAUAUUCUUUGUUCUUUUUAGGGUUUAGUAAAAUGUCAUUCAAUCUCCAUGUUGGUUUAAUUUUGAAUUCAAUUUUAUCUUUAAUUUCUAUAAUAAGAACAUUAUGGUCUGACCAUGUAUUAUUAAUAAUCUAAAUUUUUGAGGUACUUUUAAUUAAUGGUGUAUUGCCACAGAUCAUGUCUAAACAGAAAUAGGAUAAAUUAACUUUAGAAAGAUGGGUAUAGUCUCUCUCUUUCGGAUGGAAGAUUCUCCAUCAUAUAUCACAUAAAUCAUAUCUGUUAAGAGUAUUUGUUAACAUUAUUGCUUGCUUUUUUUUUUUUUAAUUGCCUUUUUUAUCUAUUGGGGUAUUUUGUAGAAUGUUUUUUGUCCAUAUCUACAUCUUAAACGCAGUUGAAAUCACCAGCUAUUAUAACAUGUCCCUUUUUAAUACUUCCUACCUUCUCUAUUAUCGUUUUUAAGAGAGACACUCGAGAGUGAUUUGGUAAAUAUAUGUUAACCAAUGUAAAUAUCUCUUCAUCUAUCUUACAAAUUACUAUAAUAUAAUGACCCAUUUGGUCCAAAAUUUGAUAAAUGUUUUAGUUUUAGAUACAUCUAUGGCAACUCCUUUUUGCUUUUUACCUUGAUUUGAGGCAUAUAUAAGCACUGGAAAAUCUUUGCCUUUAAAUGUAAUUUUAUCAUCUUAUCUCCAGUGAGUCUCUUGCAAAAAAAGCAAUAUCCACUCUGUUUUUUCAAGUAGCCAUAUACAGUUGACCCUUUAUAUAAGGAGUUUAGACCUUGGGCGUUAGCCGAUGAUAACCUAACCAUAUGACCUUCUGCUUACUCCCUUUCCCAACCGAAAUAACCUCUUAUGAUUUAUACAAUAUAAAGUUAAAGAAAAAAAAAUAGACAAAAUUACAACUUGCUUACAUACAGUUUUAAAAAACCUUCUAUUCAUGGAAGGUUGAAAGAUAAUCCUAGCUAGAAACAGAAGUAGAUUCUCCAUUUUCCUGAUCUAGGUCGAUUUCUAUACCUCUUAUUCGGGUGUAUGGUAGAGUAAAAUAUGGAGCCGUCGUGCAUGGGGCCACAAAAAAAAAAAUAAAAAAAAAUCUAAUUCUAUAUAAUCAUGGACAUCAAGUUCAAUAUGGCAUUUAUCUUAUGUUAAUCAAGUAUUUAAAAUGUAUAUAUUGUGAAUGUAUAUAUUUAUAGAAAUCUUUGUUGAAAAUCACUUAUCAUAAAUCCCAUCUUUCUGUGAAAAUACAUUGUGGAAAAAAUAUUACUAAAUGCUAUUAUAGUUCAAUGAAUUACUCAAUCUUCUGAGUAAUAUUUUAUAUAUAUUAUCGUGUAUAUAACUUUUAGUUGUAGUGCCUUUAUUACCCCUUUAAUACUUAGUCAUAAAAUUAAAUAUGUGCCUUCAAGGUUAUGGGAAAAAAAUUGAAACACUUGUGCACAACUAAUUAGAUAUAGUAAUUAACUUAAGUUAAUCCAAUAUUUUCUUAUAUAUAGUGAGCAUAUGCUUUCGUAAAAAUCUUUAUAUAAACCAUUUAUUAUAAAUCACAACUUUUUAUCUCUAUACCUUGUGUAAACUAAGUAUUAUUAAAUUCUAAUACCAAUUAUUAAAUUGGAUAAUAUUUCUACAUAUAAUAUCUUGUAUAUACUAUCAUAUGUGUAACCUUUGUGAUAGUGCCCUUAUUGAGGAUUAAUUAUUCAGAUAUAUGCCUUAAGAGUUAUAUAAUUAAUAUUCACUAUAUACAAAUUAAAUAAUUUUUGUUACCAUCAGAAAAAAACAAAUAGAUCAUCAGAAAGGGGGAAAAAAGAAAAAAAAAUAUAUAUUUUUUUUCCAUUACUCCUUUUUCCCUUUUCCUUUUCCUUUCCCUCUCUCUUCCCCUCUUAUUCUUCAUCUUCAAUUGCUGAGAUAGAUUCAUUUUGAAUAUUUUCAUUUAUUGGAUUUGUUUUAUCCAUAACAUUUUUUUUUUUUUGUAUCUCUUUACUUAUAUUAGGUGAAAAGAAACCUGAAAGUCUUUUGUCUACCAGUUUUUUCUGAUUCCUUUGUUCUGUCUUUAUCUUUCUUUGCUGUUGGCUUUUUUGUUGACCUAAUUUUGUUGACCUAUUUUCUUUUUUUAACUUUUGCCUUUCUCUGUUUUCAGUGUUCUUUUUCUCUUUUUUUUUUUUGUAAAUAUGUUUUUAUUUCGGUUUACAUUGUCGAUAAUAAGUCACAUUGAGACUCGCAGGUCUCCGUAGGCCUUUAGGGCACAAUAACCAAAGUACAACAUGUGCAUAGCGUUUUUAUGUCGGCCAAUCGGGCGCGCAGGCCCACAAUUGCGAUGGACUCGCAGGUCCCUUACAGCAUGCAGUUUUUGUCCCUAGACUGGUGUAUCUUUUGUAUUCAGUUGCUCCAUUUGUUAAGUAACAUUAGGCUAACUUCAGUGUGGACUCGUGGGUCCACUUAGGGUAGGACAUAAGCAGCCGUUGGAAAGGAAUGACAGUCUGCCAAACCAGCAUUGGUGACGCGCAGGUCACAAUGUAGCGGGUGUUAUAGUCGGGUGUCGGGCCCGUGAGUCUCAUUGCAGUAAGGUGGUCAGGUAUUACCUCUAGUAAACGCUAAGGUGUCAGGGUGGGUCCGCUGGCCCCUUUGAGCCCAGCGUUAAGGCCCGUGGCCUGAUCUGGAGAACGUGCAUGUGGGUGUCAUAUGUUCUGUUGUCCCCUCAUGGAGGAGUGAGCGUCUCCCCAGAGGCCUUAUAGGCCCUCUCUUAUGUUGUCACUGGCGUAUGCCUAUUACUUGUCUGUUCGCAUGCGGUGUUUGGGAUUGGGGGGGGUGUCCGGGUAGUGGCGUCCGGGGAAGUGGGGGGGUCGGGGUGCGUCCGCGUCUGGGUCACGUCUGUCUAGGUCGUCUCUGUGUUUGUCGGUCUAUGCGGCCUCGUCACUGUGUCCUUACGUGUCGUCCGUGUACCUAUUCGAGGAGUUUGAUGUGGUCAUGAUGAGUUCCUCUAUGGCUCUGAGUUCUUCCAUUUGGGAGAACCAGGAUGUCAACUGGGAUGUCGUUUGUUGCUUCCAGAAUUGAGGGAUCACCUAUUUGGCAACAUUUAGGAUUCUAAUGGUUAGUGAGUGCUUGUAUCUCAUUCUAGGUGACUUUGUAUGGUGAAGGAGCAUGUGUUCUGGGAGGAAGGGGGGUGGCGUGUCUGAGAAGGUUUUGAGAAAGCCGUGUUUACCCCGCCAGAAGGGCUUUAUGGCUUCGCAGGCCCACCAAAGGUGGAGUACUGUGCCGGCCUCUCUAUUACACCUCCAGCAGAGAUCCAUGUGUUCCGGGUCCAUGGCAUGGAGUGCAUCUUUUUCUCUUUUAUCUUCUACCUUGCUGCUACAUAAGCUCUUUUCUUGGUUCCUGCUUGUUUUUUUUUUAUGUAUCUCUUAUUUUUUGGUCUGGAGGAAUGUUGCUUCUUUCCUUUUCCUUUUGUUUCCCUUUCUCUUUUUCCUUCCUUUUUUUUCCCCUCCUCUUUUGCUGUUGUUCACCGUUAAUUCAAAACUGUAGAGUUUUUUAAAUUUGGAGUGGAGUAUAGUUAUGUGUUGCUAAUUGGGGUAUGUACCUUUAUAUCAAGUUUUAUAUUUCUUAAUAUUUAUAAUUUUGUUUUUACUUCUUUGUAAUCCGGAUCCUCUUCCAUACAAUAUAAAUGAUCCCAUAUUGAUUUGUGUUUUCAAAUAUACAAUUUGAUCUGAGUUAUAGACCGUAACAAUCAAUGCGUCCGUUUUUUUUUCUUCCACUUUUUUCUCUUUUCUUUUUUAUCUGUUUUUUUUUUCCUUUUAAAUACCGCGGGCUAUCCAGCUGUUUACUAGUAUAUCAUAGACAAUAUAUCAGACUGUCCAUCGCCUACUGUAGUGUCCCCUUAGCACACACUCCUAAUCCACAGUAUAUUGCCCCCCCCCCCCUCCAUCCAGAUCACAUUCUUAUUUAUUCACCACAUAUGUACAUAAGCAUCUCUCGGUGAAUAUGCAGGGGAAUCUUAAGCUGUAUUCAAGUGUUUGCCUAAAUGUCAGGCUAUAUUCCUCUUCGUGUGCUUAAUCUUGAGCACCCACGCGCUCCUCCCUCCAGUAUAGAAUUAGCCCUACUUACUCGGUCUCUUGUCCAUCUCUUUAGGAUAUCCGCAGGAACAUUUAGUAGAAUCAGGAGAAUCACCGGGAGUCGACCAAGAAACCCAUUGUAGUUUUCCACCUAGAGUCUUAGUGAAGAUUGAAGCUGUGAGUGUGGCAGCUGGACUUGCUGGAAGCAUGAGGUUUUUUAAAUCCUCUCAGCUUGCAGUUUUCAAACCUGCAGCUUUCAGACCAUGCUGUCCUGUCUCACUCUGUUUUCUCUCCAUAAGCUCCACCCCUUGACGCCGCGUGGUCAUGUGAUCAGGUCACACGUCCCUAUGGCCUCCAAACAUAGGUUGUAAUUAGAUACAUCAUUAACUUUAUAGUGCCUGGCCUCCACCUCUCUUAUGGUAUCCGGCGGUCUUCAUUACAGAUUGGACAACCCUGGUCUGUAACAUUUAUAAAUAAGAAAUGAAUAUUGUAACCAACAGAAAAAUAUAUUUUAAUAUUGAUUGAAUAGGUUUAUAACUCUGGGAACAGAAGAUGACCAUUGGUCAUUGCAUACAGGAUUCGCUAUUGCACAAUUAGUGUUCCCAAACUGACAGAAGUGAGCGCAGCACACUGCUCUUUAAGUGAAUUUAAAUACCAAAAUACAUUUAGUGUCCCCGACCUAGUCACUCUUGCUAAGGUUUGAAAAGACCAUUGGGAGGUCUCACUGCAUACUCUUUAACCAAGUGAUUUGCAAAAUGCCACAUUGCGUUAAUCAGCAUCUCCUCAAUGCCUCAGCCUGUGCAGCACUGGACUAGGGAUCUCAUCUAGUGGCCAUCUGAGCAUCUGUCUCUAGAGGUGUUACUAUGCAGCAAUGUAAACAUGCUUUUUCUCUGAAAAGGCAGUGUUUACAUUGAAGAUUCUGCAGGGACUGACUAUAGAAUCCAGAACCAUUACAAUAAGAUGUAGUUGGUGACUAUGGCGUCCGUUUAAGAAUUUUAUUUUUGUCAUUGAAAAUGAAGCUUUCUUACCUUGAAAAAAGCUGGCUUCUAGAUUUUAAGCAGGUUCAUAAAAUCCUGGAUUACUGGUUGGAUGAGGGACAAGAUUAGGGAAAAAUGUAUACAUGUAGGGUACCAUUGUACUCGAAAAAAGUAGCAGAAUACAAAUAUGUUUGCGGUAAUUGGACAUGGGUAUUCUGUGAAUUUCUCUAAAAUAAAAUGUGUGUGUGUAAAAUGAAACCAAACAAAUUAACUAAUUUGACCUAGGCAUUUCAUAAAAUGGUUAAAUAAGUGUCAAAAUGCUCUUAAUUACAUAGCCUGUAGUAUGUACUUUUUAGUUGUAAACACAAUAAGAAUAAACUGUAAAUUGUUAUAUUUUAUUAAUGCCAUUAACCAAUAUAUAUGAAAAUGUACCACAAUGUUUACAAUUUAGUGUGAUUCGUUUGCAGUGAUAAAAUAAUAAACCUGUAAGAGUAUUAAGAGUUUAUCUGUUAAUCCGCAAUUAACAUUAUACAAAUUGGCUAAAACAACACAUGGUAUGUCAGAGUCUGAAUGUUGAAAGAUAACUUACUAACCAAUGAAUUGUCAGUAUUAUUUUAAAUAUGUGCCACUCAGAGACCUAAAAAUGAAUUUACAUCCAACACAUAUUGGGCAUUUUAACAAUCAGGACUAAUUAGAGAAUCUUUUUAAGUUUCUUUUCUUUUGUUGUAUCGUUGCACUUGGUGUGUAAAAAUUAUUAAAUGGAAAACUGGAUAAAAAACGUGUUUCUUAAUUGAUAUUUGUGUUUAUAAAUAUAUGUAUAUUAAAACAAUAACACAAAAUGGUGCACAAACAAUCAUUAAGUGUAUUAAGGGGUUGGAGUACAAAGUUAUUCAGUGGCUGAUCGGUUGUAUUUUUUGUUUUGUUUUUUUGCAGAGCCAUACCACGUGCCCGUUAUAGGAAUACAGAUGCCGAUCUUGUGGUUUUAUCUGCUAAUGAAUGUUAUCACCCAUUAUCCUUUAAACAGUUUUUAUUUUACAUCUCUGGCUGCUCACAUUUGAGCCAACAGUAGUGCUAUACCAAAAUCUCAUGUUUUAUUUUAUAAUUAGAGGAAGCAAAUCAAGC